AUAUUAAAUAACACAAAUGUGAAAAUUAUGAACGUCCCAGGUUUCAUACCAUUAAAUAAUAAUGAGGAGGAUGCAAACAAUGAAAUGCAUACCUACCUGCACUUAUCCAUACUAUUGACAGUUAUGACAAUCGUAUUGCUAUAUGGCUCCAACAUAUCAAAUCGCGAUAUCGCAUAUACGAAAAGAAGACCGACAGGACUCAAACUGACGGAACUGUCUAUGCCAACGAUAAAGAUCAAACUACACAAAUCGUUGACACUACCAAGGACAGUAUACCAACUCCCAAACCUCGAAAAAACAAUCAACAUAGAGGCUUCGAGGAUAAUAGAUAUCGAAAAGAACAGUACAUUAACAUGGACUAGAAAUUCACCAACCGCAAUUAACCUAUACCCAUCGGUUAACCCAUAUGGACUUGCAGGAUUAUAUAUGAACUCAAACAAUGAAGAAUACGGUUAUACAGCACUACUCAGAUUGCCAUACGAAAUAUGCAAAGAACAGACGUAUUCAUGGACAUGCCAAAAACAGGAUGAAUACGACAACACAUACUGCAUAGUUGUCAUGCAGUCAAAGUGGCUUGAACCGCUCCUCAAGGUAGCACAAAACGCAGCAGAAACACAGACAAUAGACAUUACAGGGCGGAUGGUCAAAGGCACAUUCUGCGGAAACCCAAUGCUACAACGAAUCGCAGCAGGAAAUAAUGCCGUAUACCUACUCAACCAUAAAAACGAUCCCAAAAACGUCAAAAGUGACCACCUACUGUGUAAAUACAACACCGAUGCAAAAGAACUGUCACUGUGUUACGAUAUCAGAAUACGAAACAUGGAAGCAACCAUGCCACAAGCAUUGAUAUACGUCCGACAAAAUGAUACACUAGUAUGUCCACAAUAUAUCGCAGACGAAAGGCUUCACAUAUCUACCUUCGAUGGACAAGAGCUAAAUGACAAAGUUAUGUACAAGCCCUUGCCAAUCAGUAGUGGAUUCCUUAUACACACAGAUUCCUACGAAGGAAAUGUUAUAUUCCACGGAGAUCUCUCAAUAUAUGAGGUCGAUACUGUGCUAAACCUACAGACAGGAACCGACGUCACAAUUAGUAGCUAACAAUAUGUAAAUAUACAAAUAA